CCCCCUGCGGCCAUGGCGGGGGGCGGUGGGUCGCGCUACGCGGCCGAGUUCGUGCCACCGCCCGAGUGCCCCGUGUUCGAGCCCAGCUGGGAGGAGUUCAGCGACCCGCUCGGCUUCAUCGGCCGCAUCCGCGGCCUGGCCGAGAAGACUGGCAUCUGCAAGAUACGGCCCCCCAAGGACUGGCAGCCUCCAUUUGCAUGUGAAGUACAAAGUUUUCGUUUCACUCCACGAAUUCAGCGCCUGAAUGAACUGGAGGCAAUGACAAGAGUGAAACUGGACUUCUUGGAUCAGUUAGCAAAAUUCUGGGAACUCCAAGGAUCCAAUUUAAAAAUCCCUGUGGUUGAGAGAAAAAUACUGGAUCUCUAUGGUCUGAGCAAGAUUGUUGCCAACAAAGGAGGCUUUGAAGUAGUGACCAAAGAGAAGAAAUGGUCUAAAGUGGCUAGUCGGCUUGGCUACCUGCCAGGAAAAGGCACGGGGUCAUUGCUCAAGUCUCACUAUGAACGGAUCCUGUAUCCCUAUGAGCUCUUCCAGUCUGGGGUCAGCCUCAUGGGCAUACAAAAACCUAACUUGGAUCUUAAGGAAAAAGUGGAGGCUGAGGAUCUCAGCUCAGAUGCCCAGGCUUCCCCAAAGCAGGCUUCAAGGAUGAACGUAAUGCUGAAGAGAACCAGGCGUGUCAAAUCCCAGGCAGAGGUAGGAGAAAUGAGUAGAAACACUGAACUGAAGAAGCUGCAGAUCUUUGGAGCUGGACCCAAGAUGAUGGGACUGGCAUUGGGAGCAAAGGAUAAAGAGGAUGAGGUGACGCGAAGGCGCAAGGGAACCAGAUCAGAAGCGUUUGGAAUGCAGAUGAGGCAGCGCAAAGGAACUCUUUCUGUCAACUUCGUUGAUCUCUAUGUUUGCUUAUUUUGUGGUAGAGGAAAUAAUGAAGAUAAACUGCUACUGUGUGAUGGGUGUGAUGACAGCUAUCACACUUUUUGCUUGAUUCCUCCUCUUCCUGAUGUGCCCAAGGGUGACUGGAGGUGUCCAAAGUGUGUUGCUGAGGAAUGCAACAAACCCCGAGAGGCCUUUGGAUUUGAGCAAGCUGUCAGGGAAUAUACUCUCCAGAGCUUUGGUGAAAUGGCUGAUAACUUCAAGUCUGAUUAUUUCAACAUGCCGGUCCAUAUGGUUCCCACUGAGCUGGUAGAAAAAGAAUUCUGGCGAUUAGUGAGCAGCAUAGAAGAAGAUGUUAUUGUGGAAUAUGGGGCUGAUAUCUCAUCCAAGGACUUUGGGAGUGGCUUCCCAGUGAAGGAUGGUCGACGAAAGCUGAUGCCAGAGGAGGAGGAUUAUGCUCUCUCUGGCUGGAACCUGAACAACAUGCCCAUUCUUGAACAGUCAGUCCUUGCUCACAUCAAUGCAGACAUCUCUGGCAUGAAGGUGCCCUGGCUGUAUGUAGGGAUGUGCUUCUCUUCCUUUUGCUGGCAUAUUGAAGACCACUGGAGCUAUUCCAUCAACUACCUGCAUUGGGGAGAGCCAAAGACAUGGUAUGGUGUGCCCUCUCAUGCAGCAGAGCAGCUGGAAGAUGUGAUGAAGGAAUUGGCUCCUGAGCUGUUUGAAUCCCAGCCUGAUCUCCUGCAUCAGCUGGUCACUAUUAUGAACCCCAAUGUGCUGAUGGAACAUGGUGUACCAGUUUUCAGGACCAAUCAGUGUGCUGGCGAAUUUGUUGUGACCUUUCCUCGUGCCUAUCACUCUGGAUUUAACCAGGGAUAUAAUUUUGCUGAAGCAGUGAACUUCUGCACUGCUGACUGGCUCCCCAUUGGACGUCAGUGUGUGAGUCACUACCGAAGGCUGGGACGUCACUGUGUUUUCUCCCACGAAGAACUGAUCUUUAAGAUGGCUGCAGAUCCAGAGUGCUUGGAUGUUGGGCUGGCUGCCAUGGUCUGCAAGGAGAUGACUCUGCUGAUAGAGGAAGAGACACGGCUGAGGGAGGCUGUUGUACAGAUGGGAGUGUUGAUGUCUGAGGAAGAGGUGUUUGAACUGGUUCCAGAUGAUGAACGUCAGUGCACAGCUUGCAGAACCACGUGCUUCCUGUCAGCUCUUACGUGUUCCUGUAAUCCCGAGCGCCUGGUGUGCUUGUACCAUCCCUCUGAUUUAUGUCCCUGUCCCAUGCAGAAGAAGUGUCUGAGGUACCGCUAUCCACUAGAAGACCUUCCUUCUUUGUUGUAUGGAGUGAAAGUUAGAGCACAGUCUUACGACACUUGGGUCAGUAGAGUUACAGAGGCUCUGUCUGCCAAUCUCAACCACAAGAAAGAUGUGAUUGAGCUGAGAGUCAUGUUGGAGGAUGCUGAAGACAGGAAAUACCCAGAAAAUGACCUUUUCCGCAGGCUCCGAGAUGCUGUGAAAGAAGCAGAGACCUGUGCUUCAGUGGCACAGCUGCUUCUGAGCAAAAAGCAAAAACACAGAGUGAACCAAGACAGUGGAAGGACAAGGACCAAGCUGACUAUGGAGGAGCUUAAAGCAUUUGUGCAGCAGCUGUUCAGCUUGCCAUGUGUUAUCAGCCAGGCACGACAAGUAAAGAAUCUGCUCGAUGAUGUGGAAGAAUUUCACGAGCGUGCUCAAGAAGCUAUGAUUGAUGAGGUCCCAGACUCUUCCAAGCUGCAGGAGUUGAUAGACAUGGGUUCUGGCCUUUAUGUUGAGCUCCCUGAGCUACCAAGGUUGAAACAAGAACUGCAGCAGGCUCGGUGGCUGGAUGAGGUGAGGUCCACCCUCUUGGAUCCCCAGAGGGUCACCUUGGAUGUGAUGAAGAAGCUGAUUGACUCUGGUGUGGGCUUGGCACCACAUCAUGCUGUAGAAAAAGCCAUGGCUGAGCUUCAAGAGCUGCUCACAGUCUCAGAGAGGUGGGAGGAGAAGGCCAAGGUCUGCCUGCAGGCCAGACCACGCCAAAGUAUGAUGGCUCUGGAGGGCAUCGUGAAUGAAGCAAAGAACAUCCCUGCUUACCUGCCCAAUGUGCUGGCACUGAAAGAAGCCCUGCAGCGGGCUAGAGACUGGACAGCCAAAGUGGAGGCCAUUCAGAAUGGGAGCAACUAUGCCUACCUGGAGCAGCUGGAGAGCUUGUCUGCCAAAGGCCGCCCCAUCCCGGUGCGCCUCGAUGCCCUGCCUCAGCUGGAGUCCCAGGUGGCUGCAGCUCGUGCCUGGAGGGAGCGCACAGGAAGGACCUUCCUCAAGAAGAAUUCCAGCUACAGUCUGCUGCAGGUUCUGAGCCCACGGACUGAUAUCGGUGUUUAUGGGAGCAGUAAGAACAGGCGGAAAAGGGCCAAGGAGUUGAUGGAAAAGGAGAAAGAUCUUGACUUGGAAUCUCUGAGUGAACUGGAGGAUGGGCUGGAGGAGGCCAGGGAUGCUGCAGCUGUGGUGGCUGUGUUCAAGGAGCGGGAACAGAAGGAGAUCGAAGCCAUGCACGCUCUCAGGACAGCCAACCUGGCCAAGAUGACCAUGGUGGACCGAAUCGAAGAGGUCAAGUUCUGUAUCUGCCGCAAGACAGCCAGCGGGUUCAUGCUGCAGUGCGAACUGUGCAAGGACUGGUUUCACAGCAGCUGCGUGCCCCUGCCCAAAACCAGCUCUCAGAAGAAGGGCUCCAGCUGGCAGGGCAAGGAAGUGAAGUUCCUGUGCCCCCUGUGCAUGCGCUCCCGCCGGCCGCGCCUGGAGACCAUCCUGUCGCUGCUGGUGUCCCUGCAGAAGCUGCCUGUGCGCCUGCCCGAGGGGGAGGCCCUGCAGUGCUUGACAGAGCGAGCCAUGAGCUGGCAGGACCGCGCACGGCAGGCCCUGGCCACCGACGAGCUGUCCUCUGCUUUGGCCAAGCUCUCCGUGCUCAGCCAGAGAAUGGUGGAGCAGGCAGCUCGGGAGAAAACAGAGAAAAUCAUCAGUGCAGAGCUGCAGAAGGCAGCAGCUAAUCCUGACCUGCAGGGACACUUGACAAGUUUUCAGCAGUCAGCCUUUAACAGAGUGAUAGGGAGUGUGUCCUCAUCCCCACGGCAGACUUUGGAUUAUGAUGAUGAAGAGACAGACUCUGAUGAAGACAUCAGGGAGACCUAUGGCUAUGACAUCAAGGACAAUGCCAGCGUAAAAUCUUCCAGCAGCUUGGAGCCCAAUUUGUUUUGUGAUGAGGAAAUCCCCAUCAAAUCAGAGGAGGUGGUGACACACAUGUGGACUGCUCCCUCCUUCUGUGCUGAGCAUGCCUAUUCCUCUGCUUCUAAAAGCUGCUCUCAAGGUUCUAGCACACCAAGGAAGCAGCCUCGGAAGAGCCCGCUGGUACCUCGCAGUUUGGAGCCCCCUGUGUUGGAGCUGUCACCUGGAGCAAAAGCUCAACUGGAAGAUCUGAUGAUGGUAGGAGAUCUACUGGAGGUGUCUCUGGAUGAAACUCAGCACAUCUGGCGGAUUUUACAGGCCACUCAUCCACCCUCUGAGGAAAGGUUUCUUCAUAUCAUGGAGGAUGACAGCAUGGAUGAAAAACCACUAAAAAUGAGAGGGAGGGACUCUUCUGAGAGGAAGCGGAAACGAAAACUGGAGAGAGCAGAGCAGUUCUUUGGAGAUAUGAAGCAAAAAUCUAAAGAGCUGAAAAAACUGGAAAAACCCAAGAAGAAGAAGCUAAAACUCACCAUGGAUAAGACAAAGGAGCUGAACAAGCUGGCAAAGAAACUGGCAAAGGAAGAGGAGCGCAAGAAGAAGCGAGAGAAAGCAGUUGUGGCAAAAGUAGAACUGGCAAAGGAGAGCACAGAGAAGAAAAGAGAGAAGAAGGUUCUAGAUAUUCCUUCCAAGUACGACUGGUCAGGAGCAGAAGAAUCAGAUGAUGAGAAUGCUGUGUGUGCUGCUCAGAACUGCCAAAGGCCCUGCAAGGACAAAGUGGACUGGGUGCAGUGUGACGGGGGCUGCGAUGAGUGGUUCCAUCAGGUGUGUGUCGGGGUCUCCCCAGAGAUGGCUGAGAAUGAGGAUUACAUCUGUAUAAACUGUGCAAAGAAACCCCUGCAGGGGCCCAGCAGCCCUGCCCACGCCCCACCUCCUCCCUUCUUGUUGAGCUACAAACUACCAAUGGAAGAGCUCAAGGAGACGAGUUAGCAACUGCUUGUGCCCAGAACUCAUUGGGAAAUGGACCUCUGGAGCCCUUCAGAGCAAAAGGGCGUGAAGCUGAUGUAGCCCCCGAGCUUCUCUUCCAAGGAUGUACAGAUGUGCAGUGGAGUUGGUCUGUUCCUCACAGCUGGCUUCCUUCCUGCAGCAGGAAUGUCAAGGCACAGUGGCACCGACUCAUCUAUGCAGACCCUGCCUUGAUGAGGAGCUCCAGCCAGUGCUUUCUGACUUGAGUGUUUCCAUCUUUGAGUGUGGCUGUUGCUCUCAAGGACUGAGCAAACUCGAGGCUGUUAGAUUAGACACCUCAGUGUGUUAGAAGUACAUGUUGGCAGUGGAGCUGGUCUGGAACUGGUGGGCAUAGGCUGGAGCUCUUAGACUUACCAGGUUACCCGAAGGAGGUGGUGACCUUUGGAAGUUCUCUUUCGCCUCUCCAUGCCAUUCCAGUGUAGAGCAAUGUCUUGGGAGAAUGAAAUUGCCCUCAUAUCCAGGCAGCUAAUGCUACACUAUAAGGGUGGGAGCAAGUGGAUGAAUUUCUUUUAGUUUCUCUUUGUAGCUAAAGGGCAGAGGAGCUCAAUCUCAGAAAUCAGCCAAGGUUCUGUUUACCAAAAAAAGAAACCCAACUCUACUCCACUAGGCAAAUUUUUUUCCUCAGUGGGAAGCAACCGAUCUUCCUGUCCUGAGGAGGACCAGAAAGCAUUGAUAAUAUUUAGCUAGAGCAGAACUUGGGAAGAGCAGAGUUGCUUCCCUUUGCCCAGGGAUGCUCUCUCCUGUUCUAGGCUUUGCUUAGAGUUCUGCAGUCCUGCACAUUAAAGUUGUGUGGUGCAGGAUGGAGCUGGCAAGGAGGUACGGCGCCCAGGGCACAGCUUCUGAGAUCUGUACCCAGGGAUGGGAAGGAAAGAAGACAGCCCACUUACCUCAGAGGUUAUACUGACAUGUGCUUCUGUGAAAAGUUUCACUUAAAACUCUUUCCAGUAUCACCAGGCUAUGGGCAUGGCCUCAUGUGAUACCAGCAAGCGGUCUGCAGAUACUGUUGACAGUGCAAACCCCUCCCUGCUGGCUUUGCUGGAUGUGUACCAGUGUACAA